AUGAGAUACAUUUCAUCCCUUAGAAGUCCAAAGAAAGAAGAACAUGAAGUACCAGAAGCUAUCACUCCAAAACUACCACCAAACUUCAACAAAUCUUACACCAAUGAAGAUUUCUAUCUUUUCGACGAGCUCAAAGAGUACUUGAACAUCGAAGAAGAAGAAGAAAAGCAAACGUUAUCACCACAAAAUACAUGUAACAGUAGUAAUGAACUUCAUUGGGAUUUCAUGGAAUGGGAUGAAUUUCCAUUUGAUGAAGGGAAAGAUGAUAACAUAAGCAAAUGCAAUUUUGAGGUGAAGAGAGAAAAUUUCAAUGAUGGAUUUUGGGAAGUGGAUGAUGAAAAUAGUGUUGCUUUGAAAUUGAAAUUGAAUUUGAAUUUGAAUUUGAAUUAUCAAGAUGUUUUGGAUGCAUGGUCUGACCGUGGCUCUCCUUGGGCUGAUGAUUAUUCUCUUUCAUUGUCUUCCUCCAACAAUUGCUCUUAUAUGGGAGAAGUGCCAAUAUUGGAAGAAGAGAGAACAAGAAGAGAAGCAAGUGUUCUUAGGUACAAAGAGAAACGUCAGAACAGAUUGUUCACUAAGAAGAUAAGAUACCAAGUUCGGAAAUUAAACGCUGAUAAAAGACCAAGAAUCAAGGGUCGCUUUGUGAAGAGACAUUGA